AUGGGUCUCGUGGGUUUGUUCUUCUACCUCGUCGUCGUCCUCGUCCUCGUCGUUACAAAGGGUAUUUCAGCUUCUGCGUUGCCGUACAAGAGAACGCCUCCGAGCUGGGUCAAGAUUACCGCUCAGGAUGUUGAUGAAUCAAUCUGCAAAUUUGCCAAAAAGGGAUUGACCCCUUCACAGAUUGGUGUUAUUCUCCGUGACUCUCACGGGAUUCCUCAGGUCAAGAGUGUCACAGGAAACAAGAUCCUGAGGAUACUCAAAGCACAUGGCCUUGCUCCUGAAAUCCCCGAGGAUCUUUACCACCUUAUUAAGAAGGCCGUGGCCAUCCGUAAGCAUCUUGAGAGGAACAGGAAAGACAAGGAUUCCAAGUUUAGGCUCAUCUUGGUUGAGAGCAGGAUUCACCGUCUCGCUCGCUAUUACAAGAAGACAAAGAAGCUCCCUCCCCGAAUCCACAACCGCGAGCACUCUUGUGGCUUAAGCCGGAGUAGGUUCCGCUUUGGGGAUGAGGAAGACUCUACAAGCCUUCUGUUGCUUCCCUUUCGUUUUGAUGAUUUCUGA